AUGACCAUGGCACAGCUCUGGCAGCAUCCUUUUGUGAAUUUGUUCAAACAGUUUAGCAUUUCAACAUGGAUGAAAAGUACCAAAGAAGGCGAAGUUGUCUCGGUAAUGGACCGUAAUUUAAAAGGCAUGGUCUAUCGAAUCUCAGGUUCUGUGCCUGCUGCCAACUUUAUCCAUCUUCCAAAAUCCAACAGCCAGUCACUUUCCUUGACAGGCCGUUACCUCUACCUGCUGCUUAAGCCUGUUCCUGGAAAAUAUUUUGUUGUUCAUAUUGACACCACCACUGUUGAUGGCGUUGUUGUACGCAUCUCAUUUUCCAACCUUUUCAAGGAAUUCAAGGCAACCUCUACUUGGUUACAGUUUCCUUACAUCUGCAACCCAGCCAAAGGAUCUGUGUGUGCCAUCACCACAGCAGGUUCAGUUGAUAUUAAUGGUCCUGCUCCUCAGUCUGUUCGCUGGACAGUACUUUGUUUUGACUUGCAACAGAUCUUGGCAUUAUUUGCCAACAAAAAAUAUCUAUGCCUGAAGAGCAUUCGCCUUUGUGCAAAUUUGUGCCUUAAGAACCUUUUCACCAGCGACUUGCUAUUUGAACCAGGGGUUUCUGUUGCUGAGGGUAAGAAAAUGGGUCUCCAUUUGGUGGGGCUAACCCCAAUGCCACGUGAAAUGGCCUUCCCUUUACAGAAAGGCAGUGACUGGCAUGACCACUAUGAUCUAAUUAGGUUCCCAGCACAACAAAAUCAAAGUAAUUCUGCUAAUGUGAUUAAAUACAACACUCCACAAGGUAAUUUGUCAGCAUCUAAGCACCACAUUGUUCCAUCAAAUGGAUCCAUCACAGAAAAUUCUCCGUCAAAACAUGGAGUGAAUGUUAGCCAGUGUGUAAAAGACAGAGUUUCUUGGGUGAAGAAGUUGGCUGGUCAUCAGGAGAGAGACCUCCAAACUAAUUCUGUCCGUCACCAUCGGACAGCUCACAAACUACCUGGAAAGAACACCCAUUCUAAUGAGGUACAUGUCCUCACCCAUUCUCCUGAAAAACUGAAAGACAACCACAGUAACUGCAACCAUAACAACAACAUUAAUAAAAAAACACAGUGUCAGCGUCAAGGUUCUUUGUCAGAUGAUAUCGCUUGGGACACAUCAGUGCAGACUCUUGAACCAGAUCCAAUUUUAAAGAUGAAGAGAAUUGUUGGCUUUGGAGGUUCUAAUUAUAGCCAGCUGUUGUGGACAUCAGAUAGCAAAACUGUUGUAUAUCCCUGUCAAAGUACUAUUGUGGUUAUGGAUGUUGUUAGUCAGAAGCAGCGACUGUUUAUCGGUCACACAGAUAAGGUCUCUUGCCUCAGUAUUACAAGUGACUCUGCAUUGCUUGCUUCUGGGCAAACUGGACCCAAUAGUGAAGUGUGUAUAUGGAAAUUUGAAUCUGGCAACUGCAUAGCUUGGAGCCAAGUACACAAUCAUUCUCUUAGCAAUUUAAGUUUUUCUCCAAAAGGCACAGUUUUGUGUGGUGUUGGAAAAGAUGCUCAAAAUAGAAAUCUUGCAGUAGUCUGGGACACAUCUCAUGUAAAACAAAAUGAGAUAAGAGUGUUGGCCAAAGCUCAUACAAGCAUUGACAUUCACAAGAUGAUUGUCUGUCCAUUUGAUGAAAACAGACUGGUAUCAUGUGGGCAAGAAAAUAUUAGAUUUUGGCGCCUGAAAGGCCAUUCUCUGUAUUCAGUUUCUGUCAAUAUUGGAGAAUACCAGGAUACCAAUUUUACAGAUUUAGCCUUUGUUCCAGAAGAUGACCCUAACAUCCAAAAACUCUUUGUAAGCAGUGAAACCGGUUACAUUUUGGAACUAGAUUACCAGAAGAUGACAGUCAAGCAUGUUCGUCGUCUUUUACCCUCAGAAGCCAGGAAUGCUUCAACUAAAUGUGGCUCCGAAGGAAUUCCAAUUAAUUCCAUUUGUGUUCAUGAAACUUUUUGUGUCACAGGAUCUGAAGAUGGUUACCUUUGUCUGUGGGCAUUAGAUUUUGCUUACCUUUAUAUGGAGGCAGAACACCAAGGACCUGUAUCUGCUGUCCAGUUUUCUCCUGAUGGCCUCAAAAUAUUGACCGGUACCAAAACAGGUCAUCUUGGUAUAUUAGAUGUGACAACAAGGAAAUAUAAGACAAUCAUGAGGUCUCAUACUGAUCAAAUACUGAAUGCUUGUCUCUCCUCAAAUAAUUGUCACUUAAUCACUGUAUCUAGUGACAUGUCUGUACGUAUUUGGGACUCAGAAACUUUGCAGCAGCUCUAUGAUUUUAGUUCUGCUGACAAUUGUCCAGUUGCUAUUACCUGCAGCCCUUCUUCCGAUAUAUUUGCCUGUGGUUUUUCAGAUGGGACCAUUCGUAUUUUUGAUGUAACAUCCAAUAGCAUCCUUUGUGAUCUCAGUGUAAAUAAAAAAAGUAUUGUAUCACUACUUUAUUCACCUACUGGCUGCAGCCUUUAUUCUGCUUGUGUUGCUGGAAUGUUGGUUAGAUGGAAGGUGGUUAAUGAUGAUUACAAACUGAUGAUGUCCUUGCCUCCAGGCUCUUUAGCCUGCCAAAAUUAUGUACACAAUGUUAUGGCUAUUAGUCCUGAUGGAUUGUAUGUGGCUUUUAUUGGUCCCAGUCCUUACACUAUUACAGUUGUUGGCUCAAAUGACUUGAGGGAGUGUUGGGUAAUUGACAUCAGCCAUUCUACAGGAAGUCCAAGUUCUGCCUUCAAGCCAAUUGUGGAUAUGGCUGAAAACAUUUUUUAUACACCUGCCACCCACUGCCAUUUGCUGGUUUCCACUUCAAACAAAACACUCCUCAAAUUUGAUGCACUUACUGGAUGUUUGCUCUCUGAGUUUGCCAACAUUCAGGGGACACUUUGUCGUUCCAUUGCUUUUAUUAGAACAGGACAACACAUGGUAACUGCUGGGGAAAAAAUGCUCAAGGUGUGGGACUAUAAACAAGCAGACAGCAUCAAUCAUCAGACUUUUAUUGGUCAUGCUGGAGACAUAAGCAAAGUUCUUUUCACAAAUUGUGGAGGUUGGUUGUUUUCAGUUGGUGAUGCCAUUUAUCAGUGGGAAUAUCUGGGGCCAAAACCUGAUUCUAUCCUAAUCCCUUCUACACCUGUUAACAGUUUUAGGCAAAAAGAUGUCCCUAAAGAAGGAAAUGUAAACCAGAAUUGCUCAUUGAAGGAUUCAGAACCAUUUCUUCAGCCACAUGGCCUUUUGGAUGAAACUGCUGACCACACACCACGAAGAUGUGCACCACUACCUGCUCGCCAACAGGAGGCAGAAAAAUCUAUAGUGGACAGAAAUUUAUUUAGCCCUGUGUCCGAUAAUGAAGAAGAGGAAGAAGCAGAAAUUGAAACUGAAGAGCAGCCUAAUGAUCCAGCAACCAAAAAUGAGGAUGAAGAAGCCACUAAUUUGUCAUCUUCAAUCAUGGAAUUGUAUACAGAUUUGCAGCAACUGAAAAUUCUUUCUAAACAGGCCAUCAAACCAACGAAAGCCAGUGUUCAUAAGCAUUAUGUUCCAAAGAAUUCGGUCAUGAAGAAGCAUAAGCAACAAUAUUACCUGGCUUCUCCUGAACAGUCAGGUAUGAGCUUAAAGCAAGUGCUUGGAUACGAUGGCAAUGGACGAAACAAUCUUGUAUGGAAUGAAGAUUGGUUGGUGUACAGUCUUGGUUGUAUAAUUGUUGUCCAAGAUAUUUUGUCAGGGGAACAGACUCACCUUACAGGUCACCCCCAAGAAGUUUCUACAUUGGCCAUUCGAAGGGAUCGGAAGAUGUUGGCAUCUGCAAGUAGAGGAUUUCCUGGCAACAAAUCUGAGAUUCUCCUGUGGGAUUUGGCUAAUAUGAAUUGUCUUGGUUCCUUGAACUUCCAUGAAAACAAUAUCACAAGUUUGGCUUUCUCAGCUGAUAAUAGAUAUCUUGUAUCAGUUGGUGAUUUUAAUGAUCCCCACGUAGUUGUCUGGAAUACUAAUACUCAACUACUGGAAGCCAGUUCUCUUGCUGAAUACCCAAUCCAUGAAGUCUGCUGGGAUCCCCAACAGUGUUCUAGUUUCACCACUGUUGGAGAAAAUGGUACAGUUCUAUUUUGGAUGGUUGACGAGAAGACUGACCAAAGAGUAGAGUUGCUAUUAUAUCAGCCAAAGAUUGGGCCUCAAAUCACUGAAAUGGCCAAAACUGACACUGAGUCUUCUCUUAAUUUCACCUGUGUUACUUAUGCAGACUCAGUGGCUUUCAUUGGUAAUGACCUUGGAUUUGUAACUGCCUGGAACACUAAUAAUAACCAAUGUUUCUUGUGUUGGGAAGUUGAUAACACAGAAAUAGGUGUGCUUACUUGUAAUUGUCAGUAUUUAGUGACUGGAAGCGUAGGUCAGUUUCUCAAAUUAUGGUCAAUAGCCAAUAUCUGCCCUGCCCCAGAAAACUCUGACCCCCAAGUUGUGAUGGAAUGUCAAAUGAGGCUGGAUGGUGCCAUUAUAGCUGCUGCAUUUGAUGAUGACUUUGAGAUGGGUGUUGUUGGUACGGAUUCUGGUACUAUCUUCUGUGUCAACUGGACAGAAAGAUCAUCCAUUCAUUUGGUCUCUGGACACAUGAAAAAUGUAACUGGCAUUGCGGUAUCUCCUAAUAAUGAUUUAAUCUCCAGCUGUGACGAUGGCGUUCUUCGUGUGUGGAGCAGAGAGACGUGGGAAAUGAAAGCCAUGUUUUGUGCUCUGAGUGGAGCCUGUACUUGUGUAUCUGUUUCCCCCAGCAUGAUUUCUGAUUCAAGUCUUUUUGAAGAGGAAAUGAGGCCUGCAAAUGAGAAAGGAACUGACUCCAAGAACAGUACAUCUCUUGUGGCAGCUGGUUAUAGCAAUGGUGUGAUUCGAUUGUUUGAUAUUAACAAUAUGGAGCAACUCUUUCUUAUGCAUCCACAUGCCUCCUCAGUGACAGCCAUUACUUUUUCACCUGACAGUCACACAAUUUUGUCUGGAGCAGUUGAUGGUCUCGUUGCCAUUAGUAACCCAAGAACAGGGAUGACCAUACGAGUGAUCACUGCUCAGCAAGGUGCUACUAUCACAAGCAUUGAUGCUGUCUUUCGUCCUGAGACUGUGGAUGUUGGUUUUCCUGCUAAUAUCCUUUGGUUGAUCACUUCUGCUGACCGAAGAGUGAGUGUCUGGGCCUCUAAUUGGGGUCAAGACAUCUGUGAACCUGUUGAUUGGCUCACAUUCCCUGCCACAACCAAUGGAACUGACCAGCAAAGAGAAGAUUUGAAUACGGUUCCUUCUCUAGGGUUCUUCCCACCAUCUUUCGCAAGAUUUGCUCCUGAAAACCCAGAGAUUGUUGUUUAUGCUGGUUGUGGAAAUGGAAAAAUUCUCCAAUUUUAUGAUCUUGUCUCUAAGAAGGUGAAAUUCUCUCAUCCACUCAGUAACUGGAGUCAGUGCCUGGAUUUUUCACCUACUGAUCCUUUUAUUGUACUUGGAGGGGGAAAUGGCUCCAAUAUUCAGUUGAUGGAUUUUUAUGAGGGCAGCUUUCAGGAUUUCCUUGGCCAUAAUGAUUCUCUACACACAGUCAAAUUUUCCCCUGAUGGUCGCCUACUCUUCACAGCUGCAGCCAAUGAGAUUUUUGUUUGGGAAAUGGCCAGAUGA